AUGGAUGACAAGGAAGCAUCGACUAGUGCUGUAACUCCACCGAUGAAAGUGAGAAGAACUUGCUACUAUGAUGUUGACUGGAAAUCGAGAUUUUCUUGGUUACAUAAAUGUGACGAAGACAACACAAAGAGCUACUGCAAAUUGUGUAAAACUACGUUGACAGUGACUUAUGAUGGCGUGAAAGCGUUAACACAGCACAUUAACACAGCCUUGUCUCAGCGAAUGAAUACUUUCUUUACUCCAAAAGGCAGCGCGCGAAGUGAAAAAGUUAGCAUUGCCGAAUUGGCUGAAGUUUAUCAUAGUAUCAAGUACCAAAUUUUAUAUGUUGCUCAAGAUUGCUCAUUAAAAGUAUUAAAACAAGUUAUUACCGAUUCAGAAAUCGUGAACAAAUGA